AUGGCGGAGCUAGCUUCGGGUUAUCGCAAGGUGUCACCCGAAGCUAUUCCAGACCUGAUUGCGUGGCUCGGCAGGUGCCUGGCGGUGCGGCAGGAGCAGCCCAACUCGCCGCUGUGGCGCACGUCCGUGCUGCAGUUCGCCGACGUCCUCGACCACGCGCUGCUGCUCGACUGCCCCCCGCACCUCCUCCCCCUCCCCUCUUCCCCCGCCCCCUCCGCCCCAUCCGCCCUAUCCGCCUCGCCUGCUGGAUCCCAACAAGCCCCAUCUGCCCCCAUCGCUGGAACGGCGGCAGCAGAGAGCAGGGGGGGCGGGGAGAAGGGGAAGGAGGGCAGGGAGCAGCAUGGAACGGCCGAGGCAGGGCCGCAUGGGGAGGCGGAGGCAGGUUCGAGGAGCGAUAGUGAUGCAGCGGUGGAAGAGACACAAGGUCAGUGCACACACCAGCAGGAGGGGCAGCAGCAGCAGCAGCAGCAGCAGCACCAGCAGAGCGUGGCACUGUCGGGCGCCACGGCCACGUGGGAGGCGGCAGUGCGGCAGCGGUUCUGGAAGGAGCUGGUGGCGCUGUACGAGGGCGUGGUGCGCGGCAUGUGCGCAGGGGAGGGGGUCGUCAGGGGCAUGGGCACGGGGGAGUGGCAGUCUGGGUCCGUCCAAAAUCUGCCGCCGGCUCAGGUGCAUGAGGACGAGGUGCUACAGGAGCGGAUGGUGCGGUUGCUGGGAGAGAAAGUGCUCAGAUACUGCCAAGACGCGCCACUGGAGGUGAGCGGGGGCCGGGACAGGAAUAUGGCCCACACAGACUCACACGGUUUGCACUACUCACGUGUACGUGCACCCGCCUUUGCUGCUAUAGCCGCCCCGCUGCCCUUCCCGGAUGAGGUGAAGCAGCGCCUGGUGGGGCUGCUGCUGGACCUGGCAGAGAGGGCCGUGGGGGAGGUGCAGCUCACAGGGGGUGGCCGUGGCCGUGGGAGCUCAGGGCACAGUGGCUCCGAGCAAGGAAAAGCGCCCAGCAAAGCAGCCGCGGCUGCACCAGCAAGCAACGGCAGUCUGGCAGCAACUGGCUCAGGUGCUGGUUCAGGAGGGCAGGGGCCUAAGGGCGAGGGGAAGGCAGCUGCGCCUCUGAGUGGGCUUGCGCGCGUGGGUAGCUGGCUGGGGUGGGGUGCUGCUGGUGGGGCAGGGGCAGGGGGGCAGGUGAAGGCGACAGGCAGUGUGGGAAGAGGGGGAAGCGACGGCUUGAGUGGCAACGGUGGCAGUGGCAGUGGUGGGCAUGUGGUGGUGAGCAGGACGAGAAGCAGCAGUGCUGUUGCUGUGGGGAGUGGAAGCAGAGGCAGCGAUGGGGGCAUAGUGGAUCAUUCGCUGGUUGGGGUAGGCAGCGGCAGCGUGGGUGACAAUGGCGGCAGUGGUGGUGGCAGUGGUGAGGGGGGCUGCGGCAUGUGGAGGGAGACGUUGCACCCUGUGUGCUUCACUGCCAUCCACCUGCUGCCCCAGAUCUGCGGGCAGCCCAGACCCAACGACCCAGUGAGCAGCUCCGCGGUGCAGGUGGCGUGCAUCGCCAUGCCCCGCCUCCUCGCCUUUGCCCGCCGCCGCCUGCAGCGCUUCACCGAGGACUGCCUGGUGCGCGGGGCGGGCAGCAUGGCAGCAGCGCGCAGGAGGGAGGUGAGGGUCAUCCUGGCAGGUCUCACAGCCAUCUCGCUACACCCCGCUGUCGCCGCGCCCCUCUCGUACCUCCUCCCCGCCAUGCUCCGCUGCACCCCUCCUCCUGCUCACGGCUUCACUGCACUCUCCCUCCCAGCAGCACCAGUGCCCUCCCUCGCUCACAGCAUUGCUGCCCACACUGCACCACGCAGCAAGCCCGCCUCCACCCCUACCUCUUCCACUCCUGCAUCGGCCCCCGCUGAUGCAGAUCUGCCCUUUCUUUCUGACAGCAGCAUCAAUGCAGCAGCUAGUGCUGCUGGCAGGGUGGGCGGGGAAGAGGGUGGGGAGGAGUGCAGUAAGGGAGCGGAUGGUGGGAGGGGGAGUGAGGGUGAGUGUGAGUGGCGGGUGCUGCCGGACGGGCAAGGCGGGAGCAUGGGAUGGCGCAAGGCCCACCUGUUCGCCAUCUACCCCUUCGCAUGCGACCUCAUUCUUGCCAGUCUUGCCACGGAGUACCCUCUACCUGCCAGACUUAUUCCAUUCCAGUUUGAUCAUCUCCCUCUGAUGACUGAACCAAUACCAGCACAUGCUCCCUGCACCACCUGUGCCCUGCAGCACCUCCCCUUCAACCCAUCACCCCGUCUUCAUCCCACCACCUCCCUUUCAUCCCAUCACCUCCCCUUCAAUCCAUCAUCACAUGUGCCCUGCGCUGCCCUCCCCCCACCCAGCAGGGACCCGGAGCUGGCAGGGGCGCUGCGCUCACUGCUGCAUGCAGUGGGGGCGGAGAUGGGGCUGCACCCUGCGCAGCGAAUCUGA